AUGACAAGUCCAGCGCUCUUUUCAUCACCAGAAAACCUCGGCUGUGGCUGCCAAAAUGGUGAGUCCUUCGAGCAUCCAGACCCAGAGCUCUUCGCCGCAUCGACCAAGCGAAAGAUGGACUUGGGUGGCUACCGCAUGGGACCACUUAGCUCGAAAGAGCUUCUCCUUUAUCUUGAUGUCCUGAAGCUACAGCCCAGUGCCCUGAGAGUAAAGGACCUGGUCACCUUGAACACUCUCAUCGAGGCCCAUGUUGAACGGAUCCCUUUCCAAGAUAUAGACGUGUUCGUCGGCCAUCAGUCACCGCUGGAUGACGACUCGGUGUUCCGCAAUGUGAUUGAGCAACGUCGUGGUGGCAUCUGCAUGGAGCUCAAUAACAUCUUCGGCAGGCUCCUGCUCACACUAGGCUUCAAAUUCAACAUUCGGGUAGCCAGAAUCCGCUGGGGGCGUCCAUUGGACACGCCACUCACUCCUCUGGGACACGUGCUUUUAUGCGUCGACCUGGGCGAAGAGGGAGAGUACUUCGCCGACGUCGGCUUCGGCGGACCCAACCCGUUCAAAGCGCUGCCUCUAGAAGGCGAGGCGGAGCCGUAUCGCAUGCGCAGACUCGACGAACAAGGAAACAUUGAGGUGGCCAUCAAGUCGACGGGAAGCGGUGGCACAUCGGCGGGUUGGCGUCCCGUGUAUCAUGUGUUUCCUCGGCCGCAAAAGUGGAUCGACAUCAUCCCAAUGCACUGGUACAUCACGCUGCACCCGCGAUCACUGUUCCGUCACGUGCUCAUGGUGGGGAGCUUCGAUGGCGAUUCGUGGCUGACGCUAGUCGACGGUCGCUUCUGUUGGCGCUCGACCAUCGGGCAAGUGGAGCAGCGUCGCAUCACGGACGUGGAAGAAGUUCUUCGCCUCUUCGACAACGAGUUUGCUUUAAAGCUGAAUCCUGACAUAAACCUCAACCUCCUCAGGUACCGGAUUAAGAGCGUUAUUUAG